AGGGGCUGUGCCAGCCUCCUCGGCCGUGUGGUGUGCAUAAAGCGUAAGUCUUAGCUAAAACAUCUCUUGUGGCAGAUGUCCCUUGGAUUUACUUCUUCUUGGAGUCAAACCAGCAGGCCCCUGAUGACCGUUGGAGGUUACUGACGAGCCAUGACUGCGGUGUCUCAAAGUCUCCUUUGCAAGUGUCUGCCACUUUUUCUCUCAUUAUUAGGCUUGGCUUGGUGUACAGAACAUGAGACUCGACUGGUGAAGGAACUGUUCAAUGGCUAUAACAAAGUGGUCCGGCCAGUGGAAGACCACCGCGAUCCAGUCGUGGUAACGGUUGGCCUGCAGCUCAUACAGCUUAUAAGUGUGGAUGAAGUGAAUCAGAUUGUAACGACCAACGUGAGGCUGAAGCAGCAAUGGGUUGAUGUCAAUUUAAAGUGGAAUCCAGAUGAGUACGGUGGGAUAAAAAAGAUCAGGAUCCCUUCAACCGAUAUUUGGCGCCCAGAUCUUGUCCUCUACAACAAUGCCGACGGUGACUUUGCCAUUGUGCAUGAAACCAAAGUACUUCUGGAACACAGUGGGAAGAUCACCUGGAAUCCUCCUGCUAUUUUUAAAAGCUACUGUGAGAUCAUUGUGACGCACUUCCCAUUUGACCUGCAGAAUUGCAGCGUGAAGCUGGGCACCUGGACAUAUGAUGGCACGUGUGUCGUUAUCAACCCGGACAGCGACCGUCCAGACUUAAGCAACUUCAUGGAAAGCGGAGAGUGGGUUAUGAAAGACUAUCGGAGCUGGAAGCACUGGGUCUAUUAUUCCUGCUGCCCUGACACCCCAUAUCUGGACAUCACCUACCACUUCCUCAUGUUGCGCCUACCUCUCUACUUCAUUGUUAACGUCAUUAUUCCCUGUCUACUUUUUUCCUUCUUGACUGGACUAGUGUUUUAUCUUCCUACUGACUCAGGUGAGAAGAUGACUCUGAGCAUCUCGGUCUUGCUGUCCCUGACUGUGUUCCUUCUGGUUAUUGUUGAGCUCAUCCCUUCCACAUCCAGCGCCGUGCCCCUAAUUGGCAAAUAUAUGCUCUUCACCAUGGUGUUUGUCAUCACAUCCAUCAUCAUUACAGUGAUUGUGAUUAACACCCACCAUCGCUCUCCCAGCACACACACCAUGCCCGAGUGGGUGCGCAAGAUUUUUAUCGAUACCAUUCCAAACAUUAUGUUCUUCUCCACAAUGAAGCGGCCUUCCAGAGACAAACAGGAUAAGCACAUUUUCACGAAGGAUAUUGACAUCUCUGAUAUUUCCGGGAAGCCCAGUCCUGCCUCAGUUACUUUCCAGUCACCAAUAACCAAAAACCCUGAUGUGAAAAGUGCCAUUGAAGGUGUCAAGUACAUCGCGGAGACAAUGAAGUCUGACCAGGAGUCCAACAAUGCAGCUGAAGAGUGGAAGUUUGUGGCAAUGGUCAUUGAUCACAUCUUGCUUUGUGUCUUCAUGCUUGUUUGUAUCAUCGGCACAUUGGGCGUCUUUGCUGGGCGCAUCAUUGAGCUGAAUAUGCAAGAAUAAAGAGUUUCUUUUGGCUGGUG